AGUUGAAUUCGAUUGCUUUGCCUGACAAAGUUAGAAGGAUACAUAUAUUGAAGAUUUCUCUGUAAAAUGAGUGCUCCUUUAGCAGCUUGGCCAUGGGAGAACCUUGGCGUAUUCAAGUAUCUGUUGUAUGGGCCACUUGUCGCAAAAGUUCUGCAUCAAAGGUUUCACGAUGAACACAUCAACUCUAGCUGGUGCCUUCAUUUACUCAUCCUGUGUGCUCUUCGAGGUUGGCUGCAUGUUUGGUGGGGCUCUUACGGCAAUAUGCAUUUUUUGACCCGAAAUCGACGAAUCAUCCAACGUGGGGUUGAUUUCAAGCAAGUUGACAAAGAGUGGGACUGGGAUAAUUUCUUAAUCCUUCAAGCAUUAAUUGCUUCCAUGAUCUUCUAUGUGUUUCCGUUUCUUCAAAACCUUCCUGUUUGGAACAUGAAAGGUUUAAUUGUUCUUCUGGCUCUCCAUGUGGGGAUCUCAGAGCCCCUCUACUAUUUGGUUCAUAGAAAGUUUCACAGCGACUAUCUUUACAACCAUUAUCAUUCAUUUCAUCAUUCAUCCCCAGUACCUCAGUCAUUUACAGCUGGAAAUGCAACGCCUUUGGAGCAUCUUGUUUUGGCAUCAAUCAUCGCAAUUCCAAUCCUUGGGACUUCGCUUUUUGGAUAUGGAUCGGUAGGGUUGAUAUAUGGGUACUUGUUGAUGUUUGAUUUUCUGAGGUGCUUGGGCCACUCCAAUGUUGAAAUCGUUCCGCAUGAACUAUUUGACAAAUUUCCCUUUCUGCGAUACAUGCUUUAUACACCAACAUAUCACAGUCUACACCACACUGAUAAGGGCACUAAUUUCUGCCUCUUCAUGCCUCUUUUUGACGUACUAGGCAACACGCUUAACGAAAAAUCAUGGAAGAUGCACAAGGAAUUAAGUUCAGGUGAAAAUGGGAAGGUACCAGAUUUUGUUUUCCUGGCUCACGGAGUGGAUGUGGCAUCCUCUUUGCAUUCUGCCUUUGUGUUUCGAUCAUUUGCUUCUUUGCCGUACACAAUGAGGAUCUUCUUACUUCCGCAAUGGCCAAUUGCUCUUAUGGUUAUACUUGUCAUGUGGGCUUUCUCCAAAACCUAUUUACAUAGUUUCUACCACCUUAGAGGUCGAUUGCAUCAAACAUGGGCUGUCCCUAGGAUUGGUUUCCAGUAUUUCUUACCGUUUGCUGCCAAGGGCAUCAAUCACCACAUUGAGGAAGCAAUCCUCAGGGCUGACAGAAUUGGGGUUAAAGUCAUCAGCCUCGCUGCCUUGAACAAGAACGAAUCUCUGAACGGAGGUGGGAAGCUGUUUGUGGACAAACACCCAAACCUUAAGGUUAGAGUUGUUCAUGGAAACACCCUUACUGCUGCUGUCAUCCUCAAUGAAAUCCCUCAACAUGUCAAUGAGGUCUUCUUAACUGGUGCUACUUCUAAGCUUGGGAGAGCAAUCGCCCUCUACCUUUGCCGAAGGAAAGUCAGAGUUUUGAUGUUGACUUUUUCAACUGAUCGUUUUAAGAGCAUUCAAAGGGAAGCCUCUCCAGAACACCAAAACUAUCUUGUUCAGGUCACAAAAUACCAAGCAGCGCAACACUGCAAGACAUGGAUUGUUGGAAAGUGGAUCACUCCCAGAGAGCAAAGCUGGGCACCAAGUGGAACACAUUUUCAUCAAUUUGUUGUUCCUCCUAUAUUACACUUCAGAAGAGACUGCACUUACGGCGAUCUAGCCGCCAUGAGAGUGCCUGAUGAUGUGGAAGGUCUUGGCUACUGUGAGUACACGUUGGAGAGAGGAAUAGUGCAUGCGUGCCAUGCUGGAGGUAUGGUUCACAGUCUUGAAGGUUGGACUCAUCAUGAAGUUGGAGCCAUAGACGUUGAGAGGAUUGAUGUUGUGUGGAAUGCAGCACUCAAACACGGUCUAAGACCUGUCUCAGCAAAGCCAGCUCUGAAAAAUUGAUCUCUCUCUCUCUCUCACAAUCAUAAGAUGAUGGAGAAAUUACUUAACUUCGAAGGAACAUUUUAAUUAAUGUGCAUGGCUCUCUUUUCUGUUUUGUAGGGCCACAAUUAAUUAGGGGGAGUUCAAUUCUAUAAUGUCUUGUUUUUAUACUGUCAUCCAUGUUGUGACAUUAUAAAUGUUUAUAUAUAUAUCCAGGCUACUUAAUGAAAUGAAAGUUCUCUUAGUUCUGUCGCUUGUACUUUCUAUCGAGCUUGGUACUUAUUAAAAUAAUCAACACUACUUACGCUA